AUGACCAGGUCUAUACUUCCAUGGCUGCGCGCUGCUGCUGUUGCUGCCCUAGCACAGCAGGUGCUCUCCCAGACAUGCUACUACCCCAACGGCAACGCAGCUCCCAGCACAGAGAAGGCUUGCUCCUCCGCAGCAGGCUCUGCUUGCUGCCCUGAGAACUGGCAAUGUCUUGACAACGGCCUCUGCUACUACCCCCCCAGUGGGCUUCAUGGCAGGUACAGCUGUACUGACAAGGACUGGAACUCACCUGGUUGCGCCUCAAACCUCUGCACGUACAACAUGACUGUCGGUGGUGGUGAGUCUAUUACACAGUGCUCGAACCACGACGACCAAUGGUGCUGCAAUGCCGACGCCACGAACGUAAACUGCUGUAAGGAGGAGCCCGAGCCACGGCCUUUCUUUAACCUCCAGGACGGAACCGCCUACGCUACAAUCGGCUCGAACCAGGCAUCCUCCAACCCUACUAUCUCGACCGUUACCGGCCUUGCGAUUUCAGGCGCUAGUGGUAGCUCGCCAUCGAAAACCUCCGAAGCUAGCUCACCAUCGCAAACCUCCGAAGAUAGCUCACCAUCGCAAACCUCCGGAGCUAGCUCUUCUGCAGCCUCCUCGAAAGCGCCUUCCCCCGCUGCAAGCACGGCGCGCCCAACGGCUGCUUCUGUGUCACCUGUGACCUCGGUCGCAACAAGCGUCAGGUCUGCAUCAGGAGGAUUUGGUCCAGAGACGAUCUACAUCACCAAUGUCAUCACACCAGCUGCGACGUCUGAUCCCUCGAGCGGCGGCGCAACGUCAUCAGGCAGCUCUGGUACCAACACUGGCCUUAUCGUAGGUUGCGCGGUUGGAAUCCCUCUCGCCCUCGUCCUGGUCGGCAUCCUCAUCUGGAUUCUGCGCAAGCGCCGCCUAGCAAACGCUCACCCUUACAAGGCCACCCCUGAUGGCGGCGAGUCCCCUAACAUCGCGCCUGCUGCACUCGCCGGUGCGACGAAACAGGAGGUAUACGGCCAUUCACGACCUGGCACCUCAGAAAUUGACAGCAAUCCCGUUGGCCCUGGUCGUCCAAGCUCUACUAUCCCUGGCAAGGCUGAGCUCGACUCAGGAGCUGGAUUCCACCCAGGCACAGGUGUACCGUUUGCUCCGAAUACUGCAUUCAUUGGUGGUGGAAACGGUGAUCGAUCAACGUGGGGUAGCUCACCACCUGGAUACUCGCCAGGGCAGGGCCAAGGACUAUUCGCGCACAACCAUGAGGGAGCUGUGGAGCUCGACAGCUCGAUGAUUAUGCCCGUCAUCAACGAGAAGAGCGACUAUCAGCCCGAGUACCAGGCAUUUCGACCACCGGCCAACGCGGUGGAGUUAAAUGCUGCAACGACACCGCCUGAGGAUGUGGAGAAGCAGCUUCCCAAAUAA